UUCCUCCGAGCCCAUCUCCUCUUCCCUUCGUCAGCCAGCAGUUUCCGGUACGUGGCGAACGUGGCUUUUUCCGUUUGAGAGCCUGACUACGCAGACAUGCCUCUUGCAAAAGAUCUCUUGCAACCCACCCCUGAGGAGGAGAAGAGGAGACACAAGAAAAAACGUCUUGUACAGAGUCCUAACUCAUAUUUCAUGGAUGUUAAAUGUCCAGGUUGCUACAAGAUCACCACAGUUUUCAGUCAUGCUCAAACUGUAGUGCUUUGUGUUGGCUGCUCCACGGUCCUUUGCCAGCCAACGGGAGGGAAAGCUCGCCUGACAGAAGGAUGUUCAUUCCGGAGGAAGCAGCACUAGUUUGACCAGAUGUGGCCACAAAGAUGAGAAAGAAAACUUGGACAUCAAGUGACACUGCCAAAGACGUGACAUAGGGAAAAGGAAAUGGAUAACCUGAUUAAAUCAUGUUGAAGUGGUCUAGCUAUAGAUUAUGCUCACAGAAAUGCCAGGCUUUGCUGAGACCCCAGCAACACGUCUUAUCUUUUAAUUGUUUUCUAAAUAAACUUGGGGCUCUUCUGAUUAAUCUUAGAUGUUUGUCAUCCAAUUUCUUACUCUUUUGAUCUUUUGAAGGUUUUUUGGAUCUGAACUGUCAAUAGUAAAAUACCAGGUCAGCUUACAUUGUUAUGUACAGUACAAGUAUUUUUAUAGCAUAAAAAUCUGGACUUUUGUGGCAGGUGUUUUUUUGUGUGUGUGUGUAUUGCACCCUUCAUUAAGCUUUAAUUUGCAGGAAAUUGAACCAGCUUCUCAGUCUAACAGAUUUAUACAUUUUUUCAUGACACAACAUUUGCAAAUUAAAUUGGAGAAUGUCUCUUUGCUGUAGAAUUUUAUUGUUUAAGCAUCACUGGUAACAAAUCGAGACACUAAUAUUUUCCAGGUCAGUAACAGUGAAGUCAGCAUUGUAUAUUCUGUAGACAGGGCCGUCGUCAGUGGCGUCGAUGCAGUCCCCACUCAGUCUGACUAAAGGCAGAUUCAGGGAGUCCUCUGUGCUACUGUUUCCAAAACAUGGCACACAAGGGUGUACCACUGCAUGGUAAUGAAGCACAUAGUCAUGAAUUUGUGCUUGCAAACAUCCUGUGAAAAUGAGUGGAAUAAAUUGCAAAGCUGCAAAAAUAGUAUUGGAGGAGAUGGGGGGGAAAUAAUGGAAGAAAUCUGAAUUUCUGAAGUUUUGUGACCUUCAGCAGCUCACACCUUUUGUUUGGGCUUGUGGGCAUGUAGACCAUCUGCUGCCUUUCUAUGCUACAGGUGUACACAGAAUAAUCUAAUGAGGAGGGGGUGAUUCUAUGACAACUAAAUUGUUGUCAUGGUUACAUAGUUCUUGUGUCUUGCUUGUUGUAUUGGAUACAAUUUAUCAAUAAAAUGGUAGUAAACUGGUA